AUGAGUCCAUUGGCAUCACCUUCCCCGAAGGCUUCGCCGGCGAAAGUGACUGCUGGCGCCUCCACCACGCCACCCAUGGCGCAAGCACCCGCUCCUGCGCAACCUGCACCACCCAAGAAAAAGCGCGUGCACUGGAAGCCCGACUUGGCAGAAAUCAAAUACUACGAACUUGAGGAGGAGGAGCGAUCCAGCAAACGUAAACACUUCCGGGAUCUUGCGUCGGGAGAACAUGAACGAGAACGCGUUGCGUUGCAGGAAUUGCGAAAGCAGCACGAGAUCAAGCCGACACUCGAAUGGCACCGCCCAGUCCCGCUCAACCGAGAAGCUUUGCAAGCUGUUUCCGCUGGACUGGUGCUUGAGCGUGGAGCAGAAAGCACAGAGCGCGACGAGCAACUUCAGCGCUGUCGAGUGACACUUGCAUCCGUGUACAGCGGAGAAAACCAGGUUCCUUCCAGCCCUGCAGAGCCCGACGAGGAGCCAGCGGCACCAACACAGCCGUGCGCCACCAUCCCCCUUUCCAACGAGGAAGCGCUUGCCAUGGAGGCGAUGCGUGCUGAGGAACAACAACAACAGCCGCAACAACAGCAACAACAGCCGCAGCAGCAAAUGCUCUCAUCCAUCACAGACUUGGACGUCGAUGACUCCAUUGUCGAUGAAGCGACGCUGCAAUCGCUGGCUGCUGCUCUCACCUCGCAGCAACAACCGCCUGCGGCGCCGUUUGACCCUUCCAGUGUAUGGGGCGAGUCUCAGGCGAGCCCCACGCGGCGCGGGGCGCCCGAGUAUGCCCAUGUGGAGUAUGCUGGGUACGACCGUUAUCGGCAGAAUAUUGGCGCGGCCCAGCCGCCCAUGCACCGCGAGGAGCGACCACCACCUUAUGAGCACCACCUGCCACAUCCCCACCACCCUCGCCCUCACCCCCACGCUUCACCGCCCCCGCCGCCACCGCCGCGCGGUCCUGCCCCCGCCGCCGUCGCAGCACACGCACACGCGCACCAGCACCCGCCAGCCGGGUUUGGGUAUGGGCGUGGGGACCGGCGUGACUUCCAUCGCCGAUCGCCGCCCGCAGCCAGGCGGCGGCGGGAUUGGAAGCCGCGGCACGAGAUCCCGUGCAAGUUCUUUGCCCAGGGCCGGUGUGCGCGGGGCGACAGCUGCGAAUUUCUGCAUGAGCGCAGAUAG